GGUCCGGUGCGAGCAUCCGACCCAGCGCAAACUCACACAGCCGACAGAAACAGCAGCGAGUGUCGCAUCUGCAAACCUCCAGCUGUGAAUCGGAUCCUAUUUCUGCCUCUGAACUAAAACCAAAACCAAGGAUAAGAGUUUUGGAGAAGGAGCCGACUGGAGAGGUAAAGCACCCGACACUUGUUGCUCGUCUCGUCAGGUAAACCUCCUGUCUGCAGCCAGAAGUGCUCAGUGGAGAGUCUGGUGGGCACAUGGCACCGAAAACGCGCUCCUCACACUCCUGACAGCCGCGCUAUAUUUAAUAUGGAGCCACACACUGGAUAAUGAGGCCUACCUACUGAAUGGGUGCAUAGCCUACUUCACAUCUUGUCUGUUUAAGCCGGGCUUUCCCUCCCUCUGAAAUCAGAUUUUUUUUGGGGGGAACUUUUUUUGUGGUUAAAAAAAGCGCAGAGCCAUGCUGGGUUUGAACAGGAUUCUGAGCCUGCGGGCUGCCCGGGUUGGGAGUUGUGGUUCACCGGGAGCCAAACCCUCACCCCGGUCUUCUUCGUGCCAAAACCCCGGUGCCAGCUCGAGGAUUUACUGUGCGUGUGUGUUGCUGCUGCUGCUGGUGACGCCUCGGGUGGACUCCUCAUGGUGGUACAUUGGUGCGCUGGGGGCUCGUGUGAUCUGCGACAACAUCCCCGGCUUGGUGAACAAGCAGCGGCAACUCUGCCAGCGCCACCCGGACAUCAUGCAGGCCAUCGGCGAGGGCACCAAAGAGUGGAUCAGAGAGUGCCAGCACCAGUUCAGACACCACCGCUGGAACUGCAGCACACUGGACCGCGACCACACCGUGUUUGGACGCGUCUUGCUACGGAGCAGUCGUGAAGCUGCAUUCGUCUACGCUAUCUCCUCAGCAGGAGUGGUGUAUGCGCUCACUCGCGCCUGCAGCCAGGGGGAGUUGAAGACAUGCAACUGCGACCCGCACAAGCGUGGACGAGCUAGCGAUGACAGAGGAGAGUUUGACUGGGGUGGUUGUAGUGAUAAUAUCAACUAUGGGAUAAAGUUUGCCAAAGCCUUCAUAGAUGCCAAAGAGAGGACUGUCCGAGAUGCACGGGCGCUCAUGAACCUUCACAACAACCGCUGUGGCAGAACAGCAGUGAAGCGGUUCAUGAAGUUGGAGUGUAAAUGCCACGGUGUGAGCGGCUCUUGCACGCUGCGGACGUGCUGGAUGGCCAUGUCAGACUUCAGAAAGACCGGCGACUACCUGAGGAGGAAAUACAAUGGGGCCAUCGAGGUGACAAUGAAUCAGGAUGGCACAGGCUUCGCCGUGGCUAACAAAGCCUUCAGGAAGGCCACCAAGAACGACCUGGUCUACUUUGAGAACUCUCCGGAUUACUGCCUGCAAGACAAAACAGCAGGCUCCUUAGGCACAGCUGGGCGGGUCUGCAAUAAGACAUCGCGCGGCACAGAUGGCUGUGAGGUCAUGUGCUGCGGACGGGGCUACGACACCACGAGAGUCAAGCAAAUCACCAAGUGCGAGUGCAAGUUCAAAUGGUGCUGCGCCGUGGAGUGUAAGGACUGCGAGGAAGCUGUGGACAUACAUACGUGCAAAGCGCCCAAACGAGCCGAAUGGUUGGACCAGACCUGAGGACACGCCCCCCUCCGCCCCCUGUAAUGCAACCCCACCCCUCUCCCCUUUAAACAGGACAUCCUGUGGAACAUGGCAUUCUGGGAAAGUUUGUCUGAAAGUGCUCUGCGUCUCCGCCCUCCCCUGCCCCCACCUCGGUUCAUCAUUGCAUGGCUUUUCUACCUGUCUCUGUGAAAGCACUAAAAUUCAGUACCCAUCAAUAUGAAUUAACACCCAUUAGCCCCUGUUUGUGAAUGGCCCUGUGACUGAACCGCUGGGAUCAGAUGAUGAACACUUUGGGAUUCGGGUGGAUUGGGCUUUUGUCGAAGAUUCAGUCCAGACGGCCUUUUCCCUAGCGUGUGGUUCUGGGUUAAAAAUGGUUUGCUGCUUUCAUGAUGCUUUAAAGACACGUUUUUACAUUAACUGAGCCUUCAAACGUAUCCAGUAUUAUUACAAAAAAAACAUCAUAUACUCACAUAAUUUUCUUUUAUCUACCAAAUACAAAUACUUGGUUGGACUUUGGGAAGUAGCUUGAUAAGUGCACUUUGAGAAGUGGACAUCUAAGCAUAAGUUUGGCUCUGUGUGGCCAAACAGAAGUCCAGGCAGAGGACUACCAGACGACAGGGAGAUGGACACUAGAUGAAUAAAUGGACGGAAGCGUCACUGGGACUUUGAAUGCAACUGUAAAAAAAAACAUGAACAAAAAAAGGAAAAAAAAAGCUGUUUAAAGUUGAUUUAUUUAAAUUGUAAAGUGUUGUUUCAUUUCUCAUCGGCGGAUGAGACUGCACUACAUUGGCUGACACGAGGAGAGAGAAGAGCACUCCCAUUAUUAUGACUAUACAGUGCACUCUAGUUUUCAGCAUGCGAGAUGACAAACUGCCGCUGAGAAAAAGAAGACGAGGGAAAAGAAGAAGGCCUGGACGGUCAUUCAGUCACACAUAACCACAACAUCAGACAGAUUUCACUUCUCUGCUCUCCAGCUUGCUUGUAUAACAUUGUGUAUAUUGCCUUAUCUAAACAGAUGUUCAUAUGAAAUAUAUGGUGCAUUAGUAUGA